CAACCGCCGCCACCAACGGUUGCUGGCUGCUGCUCCUCGCCUCUUUCCCGGUUCCACCCGGCUGAGGGGGGGGGGGAAAAAAGCUUUAAAAUAUGAAUUAUGUUGGUCAGCUUGCUGGACUUCUGGUUACUGUGAAGGAAUUGUAUAAAGGCAUUAAUCAAGCUACACUUUCAGGAUGCAUUGAUGUAAUUGUAGUUCGGCAACAAGAUGGUACAUACCUAUGCUCACCAUUCCAUGUCCGAUUUGGAAAACUUGGUGUCUUACGUUCAAAAGAGAAAGUGAUUGAUAUUGAAAUUAAUGGAGAGGCAGUUGAUCUUCACAUGAAACUGGGUGAUAAUGGAGAAGCCUUCUUUGUACAGGAAACAGAAGAAAAAUUUGAAAAUGUUCCGGCCCAUUUGGCAACAUCACCGAUACCUACAGAAGAUCAGUUCUUCAAGGAAAAUGAUGGCAAUUUGAUGAAGUCAGGUGAAAGUGAAAAGAUAGGUUUAAGCUCAGAAGUUCCACAAAUUGUGGAAGCAGAGCCUUUUUUGUCCUCUGGGUCAGUGAAGAAAAAAAAGCGAAGAAAAAGAAAAUGUAAACAAGAUGUGAAGAAAGAAGAUCAGUUCUCUUCUCUUGGAACUGAGGAAAUCUUUGAAAUGGAAAUAAGUUCAGAUGAUGACAGAUGUAUUCAGCCUUUGAGAAGCCCUGCAGAUUCUCCACCAAAGGAUGAAAACUAUAAAGAUACAUUGAUUUACCCUUCAAAGGAUGAUUACCCUUUAUCAGAUGGAGACUGGUCUAUUUCAGUGAACCCUUUUAGCCAGCCAACUUGUCCUAAAAGUGAUUCAGAACUGGAAGUUAAACCUACAGAGAACUUGCUUAUUAGAGGAGAAUCUCACAUGGAAUGGACAUGGGGAGGCUUUCCUGCAUCUACCAAGAUAAGCAAGAAGGAAAAACUGGAACAUCCUAGAACAGCUACCAUCACUCCAUCAGAGAAGACUCAUUUUAGGGUUAUAUCCAGCAAUGAUACAAUUGAAGAUGAUGUUCUGGUGAACGAUUCAGUUUGUACAGUUUUAAAACCUGAGCCAAGAACACAUCCACUACUUAAAGAGCUAGAUAUUGAAGACAGACUUGCUUCUACAGUAACAGAGCCUGUUCUGGACAUUCUUGAGCACUCUCCUGCCUUAGAUUCUGAUACACUCCCCAGCCCACUGGCGGAGUCACCAGCAGAAAUUAAGCCACCAACAAAACUUGAUUCUCCAUCGAAGAAAAAAGGGAUACAUAAAAGAAGCCAGCACCAAGGACCUGAUGACAUAUAUUUGGAUGAUCUGAAGGCUCUAGAACCUGAGGUUGCUGCUCUUUAUUUUCCCAAAAGUGACUCUGAUCCAGGUACUAGACAGUGGUUGGAGUGUGAUACUUUCUCUGGUUCUCAGUCUCCACAAUCAGUUGGAAGUGCUGCUGCAGACAGUGGUACAGAUUGUAUGUCUGAUUCUGCAAUGGACUUGCCUGAUGUUACAUUAUCUCUUUGUGGAGGUCUUAGUGAAAAUGGAGAGAUAUCUAAAGAAAAAUUCAUGGAACACAUAAUUACUUAUCAUGAAUUUGCUGAAAAUCCAGGUCUUAUAGAUAAUCCUAACUUGGUAAUAAGGAUAUACAACAGGUAUUAUAAUUGGGCAUUGGCUGCUCCCAUGAUUCUCAGCUUGCAGGUGUUCCAGAAAAGCUUACCACAGACAACAAUUGAAUCCUGGAUUAAAGACAAGAUGCCGAAGAAGUCUGGAAGGUGGUGGUUCUGGCGUAAAAAGGACAGCUUGAUUAAGCAGCUUCCAGAAACAAAGGAUGGGAAAUCUGAGGCUCCAAAAAAUGACCAAUCAACAACUUUAAAGGAACAAGUUGAAAACCAGCCUCCAGAUGAUGAAUCUUCUAGUGACGAUGAAGGUUCACAGGAACUAAAAGAAUCCUUAAUAGUAGAUUCAACUCCACUUGAAUAUUCAAGCCCUGGGAACACUACUUAUAGAAAGUCACUUAGGUUGUCUUCAGAUCAAAUUGAGAAACUGAAGCUUAGAGAUGGACCAAAUGAUGUUGUGUUCAGCAUUACAACCCAGUAUCAAGGAACUUGCCGUUGUGCUGGGACAAUAUACUUAUGGAACUGGAAUGACAAAAUAAUCAUUUCUGAUAUUGAUGGGACAAUAACCAAGUCUGAUGCUUUAGGACAGAUUCUACCACAGCUUGGCAAAGAUUGGACUCAUCAGGGUAUUGCAAAACUCUACCAUUCUAUCAAUGAGAAUGGCUAUAAGUUUCUGUAUUGCUCUGCUCGUGCAAUUGGAAUGGCAGAUAUGACAAGAGGAUACUUACACUGGGUCAAUGAUAAAGGAACAAUUUUACCCAAGGGUCCUUUGAUGUUAUCACCUAGCAGCCUGUUUUCUGCUUUUCAUAGGGAAGUGAUAGAAAAAAAGCCAGAGAAAUUCAAAAUUGAGUGUUUAAAUGAUAUUAAGAACUUAUUUGGUCCAUGUGAACAGCCUUUUUAUGCUGCUUUUGGGAACAGACCUAAUGAUGUCUAUGCCUAUAUGCAAGUUGGAGUUCCAGAUUGCAGAAUAUUCACAGUUAACCCAAAGGGUGAACUUAUCCAGGAACAAACAAAAGGAAACAAAUCUUCGUAUUACAGAUUAAAUGAACUUGUGGAACAUUUGUUUCCACUGCUUAAUAAAGAACAGAGUUCUGCUUUUGCAUGCCCAGAAUUCAGCUCCUUUUGCUAUUGGAGAGAACUGCUUCCUGAAGUGAAUAUGGAAGAUUUAGCUUAAACAGCAUUACUCACACAGAACUUCUUUCUGGAGAGGUCACUAUACCUUUUUGGUACCAUACGUGUUAAAUGCAGGAAGAGCCAUUCGUUGAUACAAACCAAUGAAAUGAAAAGCUAUUUCCUUUGUUCUUUACUCAAGCUUACUCUUUUUUUUUUUAAGAUACUGGAAAAAUAACUUCUGAAAUAGCAGAUUAUCAAGUGAAGGAAAAUGGAGGA